AUGGCGGCGCCGGCGCUGGCAUUAGUGUCAUUCGAAGACGUGGCUGUGACCUUCACUGGAGAGGAAUGGAGACAACUGGAUCUGGCCCAGAGGACCUUAUACCAGGAGGUGAUGCUGGAGACCUGUGGGCUCCUGGUCUCACUGGGACAUCCUGUUCCCAAACCAGAACUGAUCUACCCACUGGAGCCUGGGCAAGAACUAUGGACAGGGAAGAGAGGCGUCUCCAAAAGCACCUAUACAGGUGAAAAAGCAAAACCUGAGACCACAGAGUUUACUGCUUCUCAGCUGGCCUUCACUGAGGAAGCCCCUUUUGAGGAACAAAUGACACAGGGAGCCUCGAGGGAUUCCAGGUUGGGGCAAGCCAGGGAUCGGGAAAAGCUAUCAGAAAUGCAGGAAGGAAACUUGAGGCCAGGAACAGACCCCCACGAGGAGACAUGCCCUAGGAAGUUGAGCCAUAAACAUGAUGAUUUGGAGACAGAUGAUAGUUUGUGUUUAACCAUUUUACAGGAGCGAGUCACUAUACAAGAUGAUCUACAUGAACAUGAUUGCCAAGGACCCAGAAAAGACCCUGUGACCGAUGCAAGGAAUAACCUGUAUAAAUGCAAAGAAUGUGGAAAAGGGUUUAGCAAGAAUUGGGCCCUUGUUCGGCAUCAACAGAUUCACGCUGGAGUGAAGCCCUAUAAAUGCAGCGAAUGUGGGAAAGCCUGUCGUUAUAUGGCCGACUUCAUUCGACAUACGAGGUUUCAUACUGGGGAAAAACCAUACAAGUGUGUGGAGUGUGGGAAGGCCUUCAAACGCAGGUCUCACCUCACAGAGCACCAGCGCAUUCACACUGGAGAUAAGCCCUAUGAGUGCAAAGAAUGCGGUAAAGCUUUCACCCACCGCUCCUCUUUUAUCCAGCAUCAUAUGACGCACACUAGAGAAAAGCCCUUUUUGUGCAAAGAAUGUGGGAAAGCUUUCUACUACAGCUCUUCCUUUGCUCAACACAUGAGGAUUCACACUGGAAAGAAACUCUAUGAGUGCAGUGAAUGUGGAAAGGCCUUUACUCACCGCUCCACUUUUAUCCAGCAUAAUAUGACCCACACAGGAGAAAAACCCUUUCUGUGCAAAGAAUGUGGAAAAGCUUUUUGCCUCAACUCAUCCUUUAUUCAACACAUGAGGAUUCACACUGGAGAGAAACCCUAUGCGUGCAGUGAAUGUGGAAAGGCCUUCACUCAUCGCUCCACUUUUGUCCGGCAUAAGAGGACUCAUACUGGAGAGAAGCCCUUUCAAUGCAAGGAAUGUGGGAAAGCCUUUUGUGACAGCUCUUCUUUAAUUCAGCACAUGAGGAUUCACACUGGUGAGAGGCCCUAUGAAUGCAGUGAAUGUGGAAAGGCCUUUACACACCACUCGGUUUUUAUCCGACAUAAUAGGACCCACACUGGAGAAAAACCCUUGGAGUGUAAACAGUGUGCAAAAGCUUUUUACUAUAGUUCUUCCUUUACUCGACACAUGAGGAUUCACACUGGCGAAAAGCCCUAUGUAUGCAGAGAAUGCGGGAAGGCCUUUACCCAACCGGCAAAUUUUGUUCGUCAUAAUAGGAUCCACACUGGAGAAAAACCAUAUGAAUGCAAAGACUGUAAGAAGGCCUUUUGUGACAACUUUUCCUUAACUCAACACACGAGAACUCACACUGGAGAGAAACCCUUUGAAUGUGGUGUAUGUGGAAAAACCUUCAGCCACAGUUCAUCCUUUACUCACCAUCGAAAAAUUCAUACCAGAGUGUAA